AACAUGGUGACGGCGUGGCCACUCGGUUCACACACCCAAUGUUUAUUCGCCCAAAAGUUGAGUCGAUCCAUUUCGAGUAUGCGACGAGUGUUAUGUUGAUGUUGAUCAGACACAAACUACACGAGUGAAAUGUUUCCGUCAGGCAUGAUGAGUUUGUGAAAGAAAGAAAGAAAGAAAGAAAGAAAGGUGAUGACGCAGACAUUAUUUUGGAUAAGCAAACCACUAGUAGCAAAUAAAGUAGGCUAAGGUAGGAAGAGGUGGAUGAUUGUUGGCGCGGAUUUGGCCAAACCAGACUAAACAAUUGGCCACUUUUGAUUGAUUGAUGAUGAUGCAUGCAUAUGGAUUGUAAGCUUAUUGUAAACCCCAUAUGGAUUCAGCAGAUCCUGAAAAAGGCAGUGAAAUGUUAUUCAGCAAACGUGCUGAGGAGCAUGCACGGGUGGAUCGAAAUGGCUUGGUUUUGGUUGUGGCCAUGGUAGGAAAGAGGAGCAGGGUGGGUGACCAUGGCGACGGCCGGCCACAUGCGCCCCACGUGCCGAACCCGCUCCUCGCGCGUGCCUCCGCGCCAUCCCGGCCGUCCGUCCGCCCACACGUGUCGACGCGCCGUGCCACCGUGCCGGCCAUAACCCCGUCGCACGCGCCAACCCUAGCGUGCACAGCCCGCUGCCCGCUCCCCACACGCCGCGGCACGGCGGCAUGCUGCGGCGGCCGGAUCCGGACGAACGGAUGGAUGGCGCCGUCAAGGAGGAGGAGGAGGACGAGUCUGACUCGGACGACUUCUUGGUGGCCGAGGCGGCGGCGGGCGACGGGGAGCGGCCUCCGGAGCGGCGGCGGGGGCGGGGGAGGGAGGAGAAGGAGCGGACCAAGGCGCGGGAGCGGCGUCGGCGGGCGGUGACGGGGCGGAUCCUGGCGGGGCUGCGGCGGCACGGCGGCUUCGGGCUGCGGCCCCGCGCCGACGUCAACGAGGUGGUCGCCGCGCUCGCACGCCACGCCGGAUGGGUCGUCCUCCCCGACGGCACCACAUUCCCCUCCUCCUCCUCAAACCCCCACCCCCAGACGCCGCGCCCCGCCAUGCUCGCACCAGCCCUCUCCCUCUCCCCCUCCCCCUCCGCCGCGCCGACGCUGCUCCCGGUCUCCUCCUGCGCCACGCCCCCGCUCGCCGCCCGACCGAUCUCCCGCCGCGCCGGGUGCGCCACCGCGCUCCGGACCACCUCCUUCGCGGCGCCGCGCGCGGUGCCCGAGGGCGCUCCCGCGUCGCCGCUGCUCGCCGUGCCGGUCCCCGACGACGAGGACGCCACCAUGGACGGCGAAGGGGGCAAGCAGACCGCCCUCGCGCCGGUCGUGGCCCCGCCGCGGCCCCCGCCCGAGCGGGACUUCGCCGGCACGCCCUACGUGCCCGUCUACGUCAUGCUCCCGCUCGGGGUGGUGAACGUGAAGGGCGAGGUGGCGGAGGCCGACGAGCUGGUGGCGCAGCUGCGGGUGCUCAAGGCGGCGGGCGUCGACGGCGUCAUGGUCGACUGCUGGUGGGGCAAUGUCGAGGCGCACCACCCGCAGGAGUACAACUGGACCGGAUACAAGCGCCUCUUCCACAUCAUCAGGGACCUCAAGCUCAAGCUGCAGGUGGUCAUGUCGUUCCAUGAGUGCGGAGGCAACGUCGGGGACGACGUGUCCAUUCCUCUCCCGGAAUGGGUGAUAGAGAUCGGAAAGAGCAACCCGGACAUCUACUUCACCGACAGGGAAGGAAGGCGAAACACGGAGUGCCUCUCGUGGGGCAUCGAUAAAGAAAGGGUUCUGCAGGGCCGAACCGCCGUCGAGGUGUACUUUGACUUCAUGAGAAGCUUCCGAGUAGAAUUUGACGAGUAUUUCGAGGAUGGGAUUAUUUCAGAAAUUGAGGUUGGGCUAGGGGCUUGUGGAGAGUUACGGUAUCCAUCUUAUGCAGCAAAUCAUGGCUGGAAAUACCCUGGCAUUGGAGAAUUUCAGUGCUAUGACAGGUACUUGCAGAAAAAUCUGAGGAGGGCCGCAGAAGCACGAGGACACGCCAUGUGGGCAAAGUCACCGGACAACGCAGGCCACUAUAAUUCUGAACCAAACAACACAGGAUUUUUCUGUGAUGGAGGAGAUUAUGAUAGCUAUUAUGGCCGCUUCUUCCUCAACUGGUACGCCCAGGUGUUGCUGGAUCAUGCAGACCGCGUGCUGAUGCUAGCCAGGUUGGCCUUCGAAGGCUCAGCUAUUGCUGUCAAGGUGUCAGGUAUACACUGGUGGUACAAAACUGCUAGCCAUGCUGCUGAGCUGACUGCUGGGUUCUACAACCCAUGUAACCGUGAUGGCUACACUCCAAUUGCCCAAGUAUUGAAAAAGCAUGGCGCGGCGUUGAACUUCACAUGCGUUGAGCUGCGCACCAUGGAUCAGCACGAGGUGUUCCCUGAGGCCUUGGCAGAUCCAGAGGGUUUGGUAUGGCAGGUGCUGAAUGCCGCGUGGGAUGCCGGGAUACAAGUGGCCAGCGAGAACGCCCUGCCUUGCUACGACAGGGACGGCUUCAACAAGACCUUGGAGAACGCCAAGCCACGGAAUGACCCGGACGGGCGGCACCUCUUCGGCUUCACCUACCUGAGGCUCUGCAGCACCCUCUUCGAGGGACCCAACCUCCCCGAGUUUGAGCGCUUUGUCAAGAGGAUGCACGGCGAAGCGGUUCUGGACUUGAAGGCGUAGAUUGUUAGGGUGUUACAUACAUGAGUACAUAUAAUACACAAGACAUUCUUGUUGUCCCAGGCCUUUGUUAUGGUUCUCGUUGGGGAGCCACAUGUGUGCCAUUUUUGUCCCGCGAUAGGUUGAUAUUUGAGCUAUAUAUUGAACGGAAUAACGCCGCUCUAGGAUGUAAACCAUAUCUUUUCAUGCAUAUAGUCCUAGUUAUUAUCAAGCUCGAGGAUCAGAAGUCGGUUGCCUGUCGAGUGGCUGACAACAACCGUAGCUUCUGUAAAAGGUUUUGAGGCUGUGCAAAUAAAAAUGCUGAUGCUGCCUUCUCUCU